UAUCAUCUUCUCGUAAAUCUUUCAACUCGUGAACUAAGUCAUCAGAUGCUAUACGCUCCUGUCGAUCCGCUUCCAACAUCUUUCGGAUGAUAUUCGCAAGGUCGCCGAAAUGGUUCGCAGCCAGAUCAUGCAGUUCGUCCUCGACACAUUCCAUGAGACGAUCGUCAUGAUGAAAGCAAGCUUGGACAUCACCCUGCUCCUGUCUGGCCGUCUCGAACUCAUCAAGACCACGCUGGGAUUUGGUCAUCCAAACAAGCAUCUCGAGAAACACACAUCCAAGUGACCACACAUCAGAUUUCUGUAUCAAUCGUCGCUCCAUUGUAGCAUAUUUUUUUGGCUUCAUGGGGGGUGCAUAACGAUGAUCACCUGGCGCUCCGGGAUGAGAAAAAAGAGUAUCGCUGUCUCCGCGCAGUGUCAUAGAGGUUCCCCAAUCAGUCAAUGCCAAUCGUUUGACUGGUGUAUCACUUCCCCCUUGACUUUUAUCGUCCAAGAAGACAACCUCAGCAAGCCCUAUCAUGUGCUUUAUCAUGCUCUCACUAUCAGAUUGUUUGGGCUCAUGUCUCCAAUGUUCUUUAAGGUCAUAAUGAGCCCGUUCGCUUAUGAUAUAAACCAAAUUUCCUUGUAUGAGACCAGCAUACGAAGUGUUCAAGCUGGGGUGUGGGGUGCCCAUGGUCGCCUCCAGGAAAUUUUGCUCAUUCUGCGCCUGUUCGGCAACGUUAUCGUUUUUGGUGUCAAUGAUUUUCAAGAUGAAUUCCUCUCCAUCAGUUGUGAAGUUGCGUUUCGCUUCAGGUAUUUUGACAGAUAUUACUGUAGUGGGAGGCAAAGUUAGGUGCUCUAAUAUUUGAAUGUUUUCUCCAGCUUUCUUCUUGAAACUUCCUUUUUCGAACAGAAUACUACUAUCGUUUUUGGUUUCAGCAAGAUCGUCAGCCUUUUGCAUUCCCUCAGGCAUGUUACUCUCAAACUGAGACAUGUUGAAAUGCGGUAGCAUGUUGUCUCUGGAAGUCUUAGGAGAGCCCGU